GAGGGAGGACGGAGCACGUGUGGUUUAAACAAGUGCGAGCGCGAUGGUGUAUCAUCCGACUAGGAUUAACACUGUAAUCUGCGUUGGCCCAGGUACCGGUAAUCCCUACCCACAUGUACCACCCGCCUCUGUUCGCCUUUACUUCCACUUUUAUCUCUGGUCAAAAUGAAGGAAUAAUGAUCAUAGCUGAGCUGGCUUGUGUUGGGGCUUUUCCGCUGAGCUACUCGGACCCUCAUCCUCUGUGAAGACACAACUGGCCCUUUCAGCCACAGCAUGGCUGGGAGCCGGCCUACCUACUGGGGCAAGCGGGACCUCAACAGCCUGAGCUUCGGUUUGGCUGCAGACAUGGAACACAGCCUGACAGCGCCUCGCCAGCAGAAAGUGUCCAAGGAAUUUAAGAGAAAGUUCUCCUUAUCCCAGCUGCCUUUCGACUCCGAUAUCUAUCACUCGACGUUGCACCACGACACACCGCAGCUCCAGGAAGGAGACCAGGUGGUCCCCUCAUUCAAGAGGCUGACCAUGCUGGAGGGCUGUCACAGAGAGUCCAAGCCCCUGCCACCUCUGCCUGACCCUGCGGAGCUCAUGCUGGACGAGGCAGCCGACAGCGAGGUGGAGUUUUUUACCAAUGACCGCCGCCGCCUGUUGCCGAAGAGCUGCCCCAAGGCUGUCCACUAUGGAUCCUCCAGCAGGGGCACCUACAGAGGCUAUGGCCAAGUCAACUACGCCUAUCAGGAGAAAGCCUUGGAUGGUGGUACCGCUGGGUCUGGUAUUGCUCACUCUUGGCCAAACACAGAGGACAGCAUAGCUGCCGUAGGAUGGAUGAGUAGAGGAACUAACACUGGAUCAGGCUUUGACACUGAGGGCUGGGCAAUAGAUGGGGUUAAAUAUGCAACCCAGGGGCAGCAGCUAAAGAGAAAGGACGAUGAGCGGACAUUGAUGGCAGUCGAGGAUACCUCUUAUAGGAAAAAGCCUGACCAGCUUGUAUCUCCAUGGCUUCGGUACUCCUAUUCAGGUCCUGCUGAUCACCAUCCUCACAGCAAUUUGACACCCUGUCCCACUGAGAAACCUGAAAUCCCUCCUCGUAGACCUAUUCCACCCAAGCCAUCUUCUCUCACAAAGACGGUAACCAAUGAAUGGUCAAUCAGUGACAAUGACGAAGACAAACCUCCCAAAAUUCCUCCAAGGGUGCCCUUGGUCCCAGCCUGCCCUCCACGUACUCCCAGCCCUAAAAGCCUUCCCCUUUAUAUCAACGGAGUAAUGCCUGUGACUCAAAGUUUUGCUCCCAACCCAAAAUACGUUAGCAAGGCAGUACAGGAGCAGCAGAGUGAAAAAGCUCCCCCUCCUGGCCAGUGUUCCCCCUGCAUCGUUCCCGUGAUGAAAGAUGGAAGGCAGGCCAGCGCCACACAUUACUUUCUCCUCCCAUGCCGUAGGGAACAUAACAGACAACAACAGCAACAAAACAAACACAACAACAGAACAAACACAACAGAGAGGAAGAAUGACAACAGUGGGGGCAGACCAGGGUGGAGGUGCCAGAACUGACAGAAACUGCUCUGUGAUGUAUUUCUCACUCAGUUUUUCUCAAAACUGUCCACUACAAACUCAUCGUCAUUCCUUCAAAUGAUGCUGCAGACAGUCGCAUCCAGUUUGUGAGCAGCAUCAACCUGGCACCUGACACUUUCAGCAUAACAGCCAUUCUAACAUUACUGGCUAAUGUCACCGUGUUGCUUACUAAUUCAUGGUCAAUGUUGGAGAGAUGUCUGCUCAUGUAAAACCCAGAAAACAGCAUAACAUCUCGGUAUGUACAGUAAUAUUAAUGUUGGAUUAUUAAUGUUUGUGUCAUGAAACCUUUUUAGAUUUAGUAAUAGCCUACAGGUAAAAAGGAACUUGUUGUCCACACAGGACCACUGUCUGAAAGGGCUUGGACAUUUUCCAUUUACCCAUAUUUCCUGACUGGAGGUUUCUAUUGUAAAAUCCCUUAGAUUAAUAUAAAAUUAGAUUAUAAAUGAAACUGUUUUAGAGCCAUAUAGUUGACCACAGGAACAGUACAAGCUGGGCUUGUACAAAGCAAUCCUUUGCAUGUUAUUUACUUUUUUUUCCAAUAUUGCUUGAAAUACUCAUCUUGAUAUUGAUUUAAUGAUUUUAAAGGAAUCAGUACUUGCCACUUGAGAAUACAGAUUUAUAAAAGAAAAUAACAGUUGAGAAAUUGGUGAAUAUUACUGUGACACACUAAAAACAGAAUGUUUUUUUUCUCAACUGCAAUGACACGAAAGGCUUCAGCCCAGUAAGACAUGAAUUUAUUUCACCUUUUCCCAUAAUAGUGAUUGAAACAGCUGCUCACAGUAUCAGACUAAGUAGUGACUUUACAGUCAUAGUGUUAAUAAUGAGACUUUUACAACUGUGUAAAAAGUUGGGCUUAACAUGUAUUGAUUUACUUCUGUUAACUCUGGGUCAGGUUUUGUCUGAUUUCACUUUUUUCUUUCAUUUUUCUUCUGUGAAAGUUUUUUUGAAAGACCUUACAUUAUGUAUGUGUUUUGAAAACUCACUUUGCAAAUUCCAGUCAGCAGCUCUAUCUGUCCGUCAGUGACCCUUUAAACACAUACGUGUGGUUUAUACCCCAUGUUACUGUGCUCAGUUAUAAUUUAUUUUCGAGCUGGUAUUAUCUCUGAUAUGCCGUAGUAGUGUUAAAGCACACAGAGAGCACAUGUUGCACUCAUGAUGCAUUUAUAAUGGCGAGGUCCUCGUUUACAACUUCAUAACAUCAGCAGGUUGCAGUUCUUAUGGUUUGGUCUUGACAAAGGCUGUUCAUAAUUUUUGUAAUUUUGUGUUUAUUUGUGUCAAGUCAGUUCUGGUCAGAAAAUGUAUUUUUAACGUAUUUAUAGAAAUAAAUUA